GUUUGAUCGCGAUCAUCAGUGCCUUGCUGUUGGCACUCACUCUGUUUGGCCAUGGAUACCACUAUGAACAUGAUGAGAUAGAGAAUAUGCUCGUAGGCAUACGUGUCAUGUAUUUCUUUUCCAUCUUUCCUCUGUUCUUGACCAUCAUGGGUGUGUAUGGUGCCUGUGCAGAGAAGCAGUGGGCGCUAAUAGUGUUUGCAGUUGGGAUGAUCCUGAGCAGUCUGUUCGUGUUUGCGUCUUCAAUUCGAGCACUGACUUUUGUACCAUUGGUGACAAAAGAGAUGAAGAAGCAAUACCUGGAAAUGCUGCCACUGGCUAAUGCUAGUGACAGUAUUUUAGACAAUCUCAAGGAGACAGAGACAGAAUGGCAUUGUUGCGGAGUGUUUCAGGGCUAUCUAGAUUGGGGCUACAACAUCCCAGAGUCCUGCCUGUGCGCUGAAGAGCCCGUUAACCCAUGUGUGGAAGCUCCUAGAAACAGCAGUCUGUUUGAGCACAGCGUUGAUGACACACCCAUCAUGAUUUAUAAAGAGCCAUGCGCUCCACUCAUAAUUCAGAUGGUAGGGAUUACAGGAAAAAUUACAAUGGUCAUAGCGCUGGGACUCGCAUUACUCUGGGCAUUGUCAGCAGCAUUGUGUAUUGCCAUCUUGUGUCAGCUGAAUCGGAAAGAAGAUGUCCCUGCAGUGGUAUACAGUGCGGAGGCAAAAGCAGGCAACUACAGCGCUCUCGCAGAUUCUGCAGAGUACACCUGAUUUCUUUGUUUUAUUUUUAUCUGCUUUUUACAAUGAUGAAGCAUAUUUCAGCAAUGCGGAGAAAAAAAAACAUGGGAUUGGUAUACGGAUACAUAGUUGAAUUUAUGAUGAUGCUUAAAUGUAUCAUGCAUUGCAUGAAAGUUGCAUGGGUUUUUUUUUUUUUUUUUGUUUGGUUUCAAAAAAACACAGGAAGACACAUUGUUUGU